AUGGAUUCCUCCGAGGUCGAGACUGCCGAGAAGCCCUCCGGCACGGCGGAGCACCCCUGCGUGGCGCGGCUCCGGCACCGGCGGCUCCUCGCCUUCCUCCGGGACCAAGGCUUCCACGGCGCCUACGCCGAGGUGACGCGGCAGACGGGCGUGCACAUGAGCCUGCGCCACCUGCGCGGCCUCGUGGAGCGGGGCCGCUGGGCGGACGCCGUCGCCUACCUGGAGCUCCACCUGCCGCCGCCGCCCCGCCAGCGGAGCUCCAACGCCGACCUCCUCCGCGCCUUCCUCGUCACGCACCGCCGCUUCGCCGACGCCGUCGCCGGCCACGUCGACCUGACCGCCCUCCCCGGCUCCUACUUCGAGCUGUGCCAUAGCCGAGACGUCGGCCACGGCGAGCUGAGGCUCCGCGCCAUCACCUUCCUCGUGCUCGGCUUCCCCCACAUCAGGGCCGACAUGAACUGGGAGAGGGUGAGGAGCAAAGCAUCCUUUGUUGUCUGGAGGUUGGCCACCGCCACCCCGGAGCUGCAGGGCCGCAUCUCACUGCCGGCCGCCGCGCCGCACCAGCUACUUCCCGUUGCUCCUCCAGGGUAA